AUGCCCGAGGGUGACGUGGAAAGGUAUCCCCGCGUGAUAGUGGCGGUGCGGCUCAAUGCGCGGAGCGGCAGGACGGCGGCAGCGCCCGUCACGAGGGCGUCCGCCAUCAUGGACUACGUCUCCGACAUGAGCCGCGCCACGCCCAAGGGGCUGUUCCCGCCGGAGCCCGAGAAGUACACGGGGCUGAAGCUCAAGGUGGCAAUCGUGGGCGCGGGGCUGGCCGGCAUGUCUACCGCCGCCGAACUGCUCGACCAGGGCCACGAGAACUUCACAUGCCAUGCUCGGGCAUGCGCCGGAUGUGCGGGGGGGAUGCACGUGCAUGGGGGAUGUGCGUUCGUAGGGGGUGUGCGCGGUGCGUGUGUGGGGAACGAGCGUGGAUGCGAGCAGGUGGACAUCUACGAGGCGCGGCCGUUAUUAGGCGGCAAGGUGGCGAGCUUUCAAGACAAGGACGGCAACCACAUCGAGAUGGGGCUGCACGUCUUCUUCGACUGCUACAACAACCUCUUCCGCCUCAUGGCCAAUGCAAGCGCACCCUCUUCCGCCUCAUGGCCAAGGCAAGCGCACCCUCUUCCGCCUCAUGGCCAAGGCAAGCGCAACCCGUCUUGCCUCAUGGCCAAGGCAAGCCCACCCUCUUCCGCUUCCGGCGUGGUGGACAACCUGCUGCGCAAGGAGCACACGCACGUCUUCAUCAACAAGGGCGGCGUCACUGGCGGUGAGACGCUUCGUGCCCGCCGCCCACCCGUGCCAUCACCCACGCUCGUUUCCUCGCGCAGUCUCAUGCCGGUGGACAAGGCGUUCAACGCGCUGGCACUGGCAACAAGCCCCGUGGUGCGAGCGCUGGUGGACCCCGAGGGCGCCUUCCAGGUCAUCCGCGACCUCGACAAGGCACGCCCCACCCCUCCCCUCCCCCUCCCACGUCACCCCCCUCCUCCCCCGCGUCAUCCCCCUCCUCCCCCCUCCCUCCAUCUCCAUACCCCACCCCACCACUCGCCCCCUCACCUCGGCUAUGCAAACAUCAUCUGCCUGUGCUGCCUGCCCCUCUGUGCUGCCCCGCUGUGGUGCUGUGUGGGCGAGCAGGUGAGCUUCAGCGAGUGGUUCACGUCGCACGGCGGCACGAGGGAGAGCAUCAAGCGCAUGUGGGACCCGGUGGCAUACGCGCUGGGGUUCAUAGACUGCGACAACAUCAGUGUGCGCUGCAUGCUCACCAUCUUCGCCUUCUUCGCCACCAAGACCGAGGUAUCCAUGCUGCGCAUGCUCUAUGGCUCGCCCGACCACUUCCUCGCUGGCCCGAUCGCCAAAUACAUCACUGACUGCAGCGGCAGGUUCCACGUGCGGCAACCGUGCCAGGAGGUGCUCUACUCCACCGCCGCUGAUGGCUCCACCGUUGUCACUGGCCUGCGCAUGAAGCAGACGGGAGGCAAGGGGCACAUUGUGACAGCUGAUGCAUAUGUUGCUGCUCUGGACGUGCCGGGGGCGAAGAGGCUGGUGCCGAAGGAGUGGAGGGAGCGGUGGGGGCAGUUGAGGGACAUCUAUGAGCUGGUGGGCGUGCCCGUCAUCACCGUGCAGCUGCGCUACGAUGGCUGGGUCACUGAGAUGAACGACAUCGAGCUCCCCAGGCAGCUGGCAUGGGCGGCAGGGCUGGACAAUCUGCUCUACUCGCCCGAUGCGGACUUCUCAUGCUUUGCUGACCUGGCGCUCACAAGCCCUAACGACUACUACAAGGAGGGACAGGGCUCGCUCAUGCAGGGCCUGACACUGCUUUGGCACUCGGUGGUGAAGAUCAACCAGUCGCUGUACCGCGAGGCGCCCGGCCUCGACCAGUUCCGCCCCGACCAGAAGACGCCCGUCCCCAACUUCUUCCUCGCCGACUCCUACACCAAACAGGACUACCUAGACAGCAUGGAGGGCGUCACGGUGUCGGGCAGGAGGGCAGUAGCGCGCAUCUGUGAGGCGGGGGAGGCCAUCCGUGCACUCGCCUCCUAG